UGCCGUGAACCCGACGGCCGAGGCGCUGAGGCGGGGCCCAGCCCUCCGCCCGUCCGCCCGGCCUUCCACAAGGGCCGCCGCGGCGCGCGGAACGGGGACGCGAGCCAUGGAGGAGACGCCGCCCCCGCUAGUGAGUAGCAGCAAGCCGCACCUGGAGAAGCUGACCCUGGGCAUCACCCGCAUCCUAGAAUCUUCACCAGGUGUAACAGAAGUGACCAUCACAGAAAAACCACCUGCUGAACGUCAUAUGAUUUCUUCAUGGGAACAAGUGAUUCAGUGGCCUCAGCUACAGGAGUUGUGGGAUCCCACCACCAGCUGGGAUGCAGCUGUCUGUGGACCUGUGGGAACCUAUGAGAAAAACAACUGUGUGAUGCCUGAGGAUAUGAAGAACUUUUACCUGAUGACCAAUGGCUUCCACAUGACAUGGAGUGUGAAGCUUGAUGAGCACAUCAUUCCAUUGGGCAGCAUGGUAAUUAACAGCAUCUCCAAACUGACUCAACUCAACCAGUCUUCCAUGUAUUCACUUCCUAAUGCACCGACUCUGGCAGACCUGGAGGAUGACACACAUGAAGCCAGAGAAGACCAGCCAGAGAAACCUCACUUUGACUCUCGCAGUGUGAUAUUUGAACUGGAUUCGUGCAAUGGGAAUGGGAAGGUUUGCCUUGUCUACAAAAGUGGGAAGCCAGGAUUAGCACAAGACACUGAGAUCUGGUUCCUGGAUAGAGCAUUGUACUGGCAUUUUCUCACAGAUACCUUUACCGCCUAUUAUCGUCUGCUCAUCACCCAUCUGGGCCUGCCCCAGUGGCAGUAUGCCUUCACUAGCUAUGGCAUUAGCCCACAGGCCAAGCAAUGGUUCAGCAUGUAUAAACCCAUCACCUACAACACAAACCUGAUCACAGAAGAAACCGACUCCUUCGUGAACAAGCUGGAUCCCAGCAAAGUGUUCAUGAGCAAGAACAAGCCAUUAAUCCCAAAAAAGAAAGGGCCUCUGCAGCCCGUGAGUAGCCAGAAAGGGCCCUCAACUCCUUCCACCUCUAAACCCUCCUCUGGCUCAGGAAACCCCAGCCGAAAAUGAAUACAUCUAUUCCCAGCUCUCUACUAGCCCCACAGCAGUGAUUUCCAUAUACAGAUAGCCCCCAGGGGAGGCCCCAACCUCAGAUUCUGUGUAACUGUAGGCCUUUUACUCACACUGACAUUAGCCAGGAGUUGGAAGGGCACACUGUUUCUCUCCAAGGGUCCUCCUUUCAAGUAGAUUGUGCCAGCCUUACCUCCAGAGGCAGUGAAGAAUUUUAGAUCUGGUUUAAGUGGCCAGAAAACCUAUUGAGAGUUUUCCCCUUUCCACACCCAACUCUCAAUCCCUUCGUAGUUGUUAGAGAAGUCUUCCAAAGAAGCUGAUGAUUUCCACCCAUGAAGCAUUAGAAUUUUUAUUGCACUGUUAGUCAGUAGCUUCUACUCACAUGUGGCUAUUUAAACAAAUUAUAUGAAAAAGUCUAAUCCUCAUUUGUACCAGCCACAGUUUAGGUAUUCACCUGGCUAGUAUAUUCCAUGUUGAACUUUCCAGAGAUGGGGAGUAUUUCCAUCACAGAAAGUUUUUUUUGGCAUCACUGCAUUAGAAUAUUUUCAUACUGCUCUUCCUCAGAUCAGUUUUUGUUGUCCGAUAUUGGUCCUUAAUUUGAAGGAUUGUAAUGUUUCAUGAAAACUCUUAAAGAUACAAUUGUAU